AUGGCACAAGAAGAACAACAGUGGCAACCUGUUAGAAACUCAAGUCCACGAGAAAUAACUCUAGCAGAGGUGAUUCCUCAAACCGCUCAGUACUACUGUCUAGUGGAUGCUUCAUGGAAAAAUCAAACGGAACCUAGUGGUAUUGGAUGGUCCUUAUAUAGCAUACAAGGCAUCCAAAUACUGCAAGGUUCCUCAUCAGUCCAACCUACAAAUACGGCGUUCGAAGCAGAAGCACUAGCAAUGAGAAUGGCGACACAGCAACUUAGAGCUUUGAGAUUCACCAAUGUAGCUCUGUUCAGUGACUGCAAAAGAGUCAUUGAUGAGAUCAAGCAGGGGAUGAAUAUGGAAACUCUCAGCAACGUCUGUAUCACUGAAGCACAUUCUAUGAUACAAGACAUCUACUCUUUAUCAAAGGAGCAAGAUUUCACUUUUCACUAUAUCUCUAGAAUAUGGUUACAUAGUGUAGACGAGAGAGCUAAGUUAGCAAGAGAACAUAACCAAAACUAUGUAAUUACUUGGCUUUCAAGUUAA